AUGGUCGAGAAGCGGGCAACACCGGCGCGAACGCCGGCGAGGCUGUCCAAGACGCCUUCAGGCAGCACCCAGAAGUCUAUCACGAGCUUCUUCUCCAAGCCGGCAACUUCCUCAGCCACCAAGGCAGCAGCAUCGACUCCGACGUCAACGGCUACGCCAACACAGAAGCCCCCAAAGGUGGAAUCUCCUUGCCUGAAAGAGUCUACCAACAAGUCCAACACACUCUCGAAGAUCAAGCGCCCUGCCAAUGUAACACCCGUUCCUAGCAGUGACGCCCUUGAACCGCCUAGCUCCCAGGAGAACAUGGAUUCUACAGUGACCAAGAAGGCGACCAUCACUUCCAAUGUCCUACCCAGCAGCCCUUCCCGUAAGACGAAGAAGGCGGUGAACUAUGCCGAGUCCUCGGACGAGUACGACGAUCCUUUCGACGACGUGCCAGCUCCCCGAAACCGUCGCCGUGUUAGAGCUCGUGGCGCGGUUCUGGAUGACGAAGACGACUUUGCCGCAGACCCAGACAACUUCAACCCUGCUGAAGAGGAUGAAGACGAAGAAAUGGCCGACUUCAUCGCCUCGGAUGACUCAGACGAAGAACCGACUACAAAGAAGCGAAAGCGACCCGCGAAGAAGGCAGCUCCUCGCAAGAGGACUGCCUCGGCGGUUCCCACCUCGCCUAUUGUGGAGCCUGCUACGAAUGAUGAUGGCGAAGAUAUUGAUAUGGAUGACCUGCCCCCACACUCGACAGCUCAACAGUGGAAAUUCGACCCCGAUGCCGUGGUCGAACCCGGCUCGAGAGCCGCUCGUCCACCUGCUGCGAAGAAGUCAUCAGCCGUAUCCAAAUUGAAGGUCAAGGCCCAUACCCAGGAGCCCAGCGAUCGAUACCCGUGGCUUGCGAAUAUCACUGAUAUCGACCGCAAGUCUCCAGGCGACCCUGAGUACAACCCAUCCAGUAUUUACAUCCCCCCUGGAGCAUGGAAUAAGUUUUCCCCCUUUGAGAAGCAAUACUGGGCGAUUAAACAAAAUUUGUGGGACACAAUCGUUUUCUUCAAGAAGGGUAAGUUCUUCGAACUGUACGAAAACGAUGCGACGAUUGGCCAUCAGCUUUUCGACUUCAAAAUGACGGAUAGGGUCAAUAUGCGCAUGGUCGGCGUGCCCGAGAGCUCUCUCGACAUGUGGGUGAAUCAAUUCGUAGCCAAAGGCUUCAAGGUUGCCCGCGUUGAUCAGAUGGAGUCUGCUCUUGGCAAGGAGAUGCGCGAACGCGAUGACCAAGCGGCGAAGAGCAAAAAGGUUGACAAGAUUAUCCGGCGUGAGCUGGCGUGCAUCCUGACCGGAGGCACGCUGGUUGAAGGCAGCAUGCUUCAGGACGAUCUCGCGACUUACUGCGCCGCUAUCAAGGAGUCCAUCACGGAUGGGAUUCCUUCGAGGACGAUGUUUGACUUGACCAAGUUCGAGACCUUUGUGGCCCAAACAUCCCCCCGUGAACUUCUGUUAGAGAAGUCACUCCUCUCGAGCAAAGCCUUGCGGAUCCUGAAGAACAACACUUCGCCAACCACCAUCUGGAACUACAGAAAACCAGGCCUCGAGUUCCUAGAUGCUGAUGUCACUCGCCGGGAGCUUGAGACGGGCGGAUAUUUCGAUGGUGACGGCGAGAGGGAAGGAGGCUGGCCCACUGUUCUUGCAGAAGCAAAGGAGAAGGACCUUGCCAUGUCUUCGCUGGGUGCCUUGGUAAAGUAUCUUCAGCUUCUCAAGAUUGAGCAGAGUCUCUUGUCGCAGGGCAACUUCGAGUGGUACAACCCUAUUCGACGAAACGGAACCCUCAUUCUUGACGGCCAGACACUCAUCAACCUGGAGGUAUUUGCCAACAGUGCGAACGGCAGCACAGAAGGGACGCUGUUCACCCUCCUCAACAAAUGUGUGACGCCGUUUGGCAAGCGCCUUUUCCGGCAGUGGGUGUGCCAUCCUCUCUGCGACAUUGACCGGAUCAACGAGCGUCUGGACGCUGUGGACAUGUUGAACUCGGACCGCAGCGUCCGUGAGCAGUUCUCCGCUCAGAUGACAAAGAUGCCGGACCUUGAGAGGCUGAUUUCUAGAAUCCACGCUGGGGUUUGUCGGCCUGAUGACUUUGUCAAGGUUCUCGAAGGCUUUGAGCAGAUCGAGUACACAAUGAGUCUCUUGGGUGCGUGGGGCGGUGGCAAGGGUCUCGUCGACAGGCUUAUAUCCUCCAUGCCCAACCUAGACGAGCCGCUCAGCUACUGGAAGACGGCUUUUGACAGGAUGAAGGCGAAGAAUGACAGAAUGUUCCUCCCGGAAAGAGGCAUCGAAGAGGACUUUGACGAGAGCCAAGACCGGAUUGCCGAAAUCAAAAAGGACCUGGGCAAGCUUCUUGAGAAGAAGAAGGCUGAGCUGAAAUGCAAGACGCUCAAGUUCACAGAUAUUGGAAAAGAAAUCUUCCAGAUUGAGGCACCCAAGUCGACCAAGGUUCCUUCCAGCUGGAGGCAGAUGUCGGCCACGUCCAGCGUCAAGCGGUACUAUUUCGAUGCCUUGACAGAGCUAGUACGGGACUUGCAAGAGGCUGAAGAGACCCACGGACAGAUCAUGAAGGAAGUUGCAUCGCGCUUCUUCCGUCGUUUCGAUACCGAUUACACUACGUGGCUGCAAGCGAUCCGCAUCAUCUCCCAGCUCGACUGCCUGGUCAGCCUCGCGAAGGCUUCCUCGUCUUUGGGCGAGCCAAGCUGCCGCCCGCAGUUCGUUGACGAGGAGAGAAGCCUCGUCGAGUUUGACGAACUGCGUCACCCGUGCAUGCUGAACACAGUUUCUGACUUUAUUCCCAACGCCAUCGAACUGGGCGGCAACUCGGCCAAGAUCAACCUUCUUACGGGCGCCAACGCGGCCGGAAAGUCAACGGUCCUUCGCAUGACCUGCACAGCCGUCAUCAUGGCCCAGAUCGGAUGCUAUGUCCCCGCGACCUCCGCCCGCCUAACACCCGUGGACCGCAUCAUGUCUCGCCUCGGCGCCAACGACAACAUUUUUGCCUCGCAGUCAACAUUCUUCGUCGAGCUCUCCGAGACGAAGAAGAUCCUCGCCGAGGCGACGCCCCGCUCGCUCGUCAUCCUUGACGAGCUCGGACGCGGCACAAGCUCCUACGACGGCGUCGCCGUCGCCCAGGCCGUCCUUCACCACGUCGCCACGCACGUCGGCUGCAUCGGCUUCUUCGCGACGCACUACCACUCCCUCGCCACCGAGUUUGAGAACCACCCCGAGGUCCGCGCCCGCCGCAUGCAGAUCCACGUCGACGAGGCCGAGCGCCGCGUCACCUUCCUGUACAAGCUCGAGGACGGCGUCGCCGAGGGCAGCUUCGGCAUGCACUGCGCCGCCAUGUGCGGCAUUAACAAUCGUAUCAUUGAGCGCGCAGAGGUCGCCGCCCGCGAGUGGGAGCACACGAGCCGCCUGAAGGAAAGCCUCGAGAAGGCCAAGACAGGCUGCUACAUCCCGCUGGGCAUGCUCAGCGACGUCGCAUCUCUGCUGCGGGACGAGGAGGAGGUGGGCAAUGUCGACGUGCUGCUUCGGGCUGUGGAGGCCAUGUGA